AUGGACAAAUUGCUCCGUAAGAGGAAAUCGCACGCCCCACGACUCGAACGAGUUGGCCGCACUCUGGAAAAAAUGGAGGAUUCGGAACACGUCGAAGCCGAAGAUGUCAUCACUGAAAUGGAUAACCUCAACAGCAUUUGGUCGUCCUAUCUCGCCGUUCAUCAGACAAUAUUAGAUUUGGCUGAGGACGACGCCGCUUACGAGGAAGUGAUUCGCCAUCAGAUUGCUUUCGAGGAAGAAUAUUUGUCGCUCAAGAAGGGUUUAGGAAAGUUACAAAGGCGCAUAGAAUCCAGCGAACACGAGGUCACAAUCAACCAACAAAAUGGUGGCAAUACCAGCGUCAUCGAAACGCUCAUGCAGCAGCAAGCACAGUUUCUUCGAGCAAUUGCAAGCAAUGCAGGAGCUUCAACUUCAUCGAUUCCUCCUACAAACAACGAAGUACAGAACGACAUUCCAUCGCUUCCAGAUUUGAGGCUGCCCAGAAUGAAUCUGCCGAUUUUUAGCGGUAACUUUUUGGAAUGGCAGUCGUUUUACGAUCUCUUCAGUGGAUCCGUGCAUCAAAAUCCAUCGCUACGUCCGAGCCAGAAACUGUACUUCCUCAAAACACAUUUGGCAGGUGAAGCAGCAACGUUAAUUUCACACCUAAAUGUGGAGGAUGCCAAUUACCAACCAGCACUCCAAAAACUUCGAGAGCGAUACAACAAACCCCGCGAGAUAGCUAAUCUGCACAUCACCCGAUUCUUGAGCCAGCCACAUUUGACAGCUUCGUCCCCCUCCGGCUUGCGCUCCCUCCACGAUGUUUCAGAUGAAGUGAUUCGGGCCUUGGCAGCUCUCGAACGUGAAGGAAGAGAUAUUUGGUUAAUGCACAUCAUCUACGAAAAGCUGGAUGCGCACACUAAAGAAUUGUGGUGCCAGAAAAUAGUUGAGCUUGAGGAGGAUGCCGUCAACUUCGAUGCGUUAUUAAGGUUCAUCGACAAUCGAAGCUCCGCUCUGCAAUCGUCGCAACGCUCCUGA